AUGAUUAGAGAUGGAGCAGAAGAAAAAGAUGGUAAUCAUCAACAUCAUCAUGGCAGAGCAGAAAGUGCUGCUGCAGAGUUACAAAAUCGAUUUGAAUUCCAAUUAGACUAG